UGAUGAUCUCCAUGUCUUUUCUCAGCUAUCCACUGCAAAUGUCACACAGAGAAUUACAAUUCCAUAUUCAGGUGCUUUUGCCGUUAUACAACACAGGCUUAAGCAAAUCUAUGAAAGUGUAGAGCCCUCAACAGAUGAGGAAUCUGGUGUUCCAAGUUUGCGAGUGCAUGAGCGAGUGACGGUGAAGCAGGAGUCAGAGAAUCAUCUCUCCCUUCAUUGGACAGCGGAUCCAAUUAGUGACAUGGUAUCUGACUCCAUCGUGGCAUUGGUUUUGAAUGCCAGCAGGGAGAUGCCUAAAGUAUCAGUUGAGUCGGAAACUUUGAUGAACGAGGAGGAAGAUGCCAAGAAAGCUGAGAAAAUAGUCCAUGCACUCCUUGUUUCUCUGUUUGGUGACGUGAAAUUUGGGAACGACGGUAAGCUGGUAAUAAAUGUUGAUGGGAAUGUGGCUAAUCUUGAUAAACAAACUGGUGAUGUUGAAUGUGAAAAUGAAGGUCUCAAGGAGAGAGUUAGGACUGCAUACCGGAGAAUUAGAAGUGCUGUGAAGCCAAUACCGCUUUCUUCAGCUUAGUCUCUUGUACUUUUUCUUUACUGAGUUAGAGUUUGUAUGCAAGAAUAACAUUGUACUUUAUUUUCAGCUUCAUAGAUAGGAAGCAAAAUAUAUUUUGAAUUCAUUGUUCUGUUCUGUAAAUCUCUCUUUUCCCUCUAAUUUGUUUGAUCUGAAAUUUCUUCUGUUCCAAGUUGUGGAUGUUGGUGUUAUGCAUUUGGGUAAUUUUGGUA